AUGACAUUUGUACGUCAUUUGAAAAUGCUCUGCUUUCAAGACUGUGAUGAUGGUCCAAUGGAUCUAGCCGUGUACUAUACGGUGUCUUAUUCGAUCCAGAAUGUGAGCGCAAAUUUUUCUCCAAUGGCCGUUCAUACAUAUGCGGGCUGUGGAACUGCCUACCUUUUCUUCGUAGAAACCGCUCAGAAUACAACUUAUCGAAAUUCAAGUGCAAAGACAUUCAUAGGUUUACUGAAAAACUGUUCAGCCCCUGUGGGUGGAUAA